AUGACGAACGGUGGCGAAAAGAGCAUGUGUCGUCAGGAUCGGCAUCGUAUAAGCAUCUUGGGCUCUUGGUUCGCUGAAGGUGUCAAGGGGCUCUGCUUUAUCUUGGAGCUAUUUGACGAUGCUAACGGGAUUGGUGGUUUCGUCCUUAUUGCCAUGUGCAGUUUGAUCCGUAUCGAAAUGAUCCGUCCAGUUAGCAGCAGCAGAUUCUGA